GCUAGCUUCGCUGAAGGGGUUGUAACACAAUAUGAAUGAAUUUGUAAGAGGUUGAAGUCGGUUAUUGGCUAGAGAUAAACAUUUUGCGGCGCAGUUAUUGCUCACUUGUUUGGUUGGUUAUACAACUAUUUUUAUGAUAAGCUUGUCUCGUCUUCCCUCAUCACAUUCGGCCAUAUAAGACCCCUUAAUCGAAGAUUGAGAAUUAGAGAUUUGUUUUCGCAACCAUACCACUGCCAGCAUGCCUUUAGAACUCAAGGACGUUGACUAUGUCAAGGAUUUUCAGGAGCUUAUUGAGUGUGAAUGGAUUUCAUAUGAGAAUCCCCAACAAUCCUUUUUUCGUUUAUUCUGCCCUAUUAUUGGAGCCGGUCCAACAGCUCGAGAAGAGUCUCUGAAAGAAUGCACUUCUCGUCAAUUACAGUGGCAUCAGUCGGAUCCUACUAGCUAUUGGCACAAAGUUAUCGACACAGAGUCUGGUAAAAUCGUUGGUGCUGCGUUGUGGAAAAUUUGUCCAACGAAUCCUUUCGAGCAUGAAGACGACCAUUCCGAGGUAUCAUGGUACCCUGAAGGAGGCCAGAGAGAUUUUGUUGCAGCAGCAUUGCAGCGUUUCGAUGCUCCUCGUGAGAGACUGGCCCCUAAGCCGCAGCUCUAUUUGAAUAUUAUUUAUACCCACCCGGAGUUCCGCCGCCAGGGAGUUGCAGAUAUGAUAAUGAAAUGGGGUAUUGAGAAGGCAAAGGAAAUGGGUGUUGAGAUUUGGCUCGAUGCAACAGUCUACGGAGUCCCCCUUUACAAGAAGCAUGGGUUUGCAGUUGUAAAUGAAAACAAUUUGGUACCAGAGCCGAUUGAUGAACCGGACGAGGAGUGGACAAAGAUUGCAACAAGUCUAGGGCCCAUGACAAUGUGGCAGAUGGUCAGGAAAGUCGAUGAGCAGUAGAUUGCUGGGGUGCCCUACCGAGUCAAAAAACCGAUAUCCGGAUCACGUCAAAUUAUGAAGAUUUUUCCAUGCAUGCAAUAAUUGAUAAUCUUAGAUCUACAUGCUUAUUGAAUGUCGUACCUUGAAAGUAUAUUACACGCUUCAAAUUAUAAAAGGGUCAAGUCCAAAUUCGAUAGCUUCA